CCAUCAGUUUUCAUCAAGACACAGAUAAUGCCUAAGAGACAGAAGAAGCAGAGUGAGCGUGGGGAUUCCUCGGUACAGACUGCUAGGCUCAGCACAAAGGGCAAGUUCCGAAAGACGGAUAGGUCUCAUCCUGCGAAUCGAGAGAUAACCCAGCAGUGGGAUAUACAUGAUGAUGAUUUCUAUGAGCAGAUGAGGGGAGUGGAAAUAUGUCCGUCGCGCUUCGCUCACAGAGACACUACAGAUGCAUUGGGGAUAACCGAGGAUAUUGAAGCCUUGUUCGCGAAGAUUGGCCUGGGAUACAUCUUCGAUCUUCACUGUGAUUGCUAUGCUGACUUGACCAGGCAGUUCCUCGCAUCAGCCCGCCUCUACCAUCCUGACGAGGACAACCCAGUUGCUGAUAAGGCGAUGUUCUCCUUCAUUGUGAACAGGCAGUUCCACUCCAUGACCAUCUUUCAGCUGUGCGACGUCUUUGGGUUCGGGAAAGGACGUCAAUCUUGUGUUCCUGACUUCCCGGAACACAAUGAUUUCUGGACAUUCAUCGCUUCAGGAAACUUCAUCUCUCGAGAGGCCAAGCAAGCGAGAAUACGUAGCCCUGUUCUGCGAUAUGCAGUGAGAGUGAUCAGCAGUGUUAUCUAUGGGAAGACGGAACCCGCUGCAGUGACAAAAGAUGAGCUAGCUCUUCUGUUCAUCGGGGCUGGACACCUAUGGCCUCAAGGCGCGGACAUUACCUAUGUUAGCGGGAAGGACAUAAACAUAGGAGCUGUGAUCGCGGAGAAGCUUGCGUACUUCAAAGUUUCAGAUACGAAGAGAUGUGGGUUUGGAGCGGUUAUCACACAGAUCUUAAGGCAUUGUGGAGUGUUUCUUCCACCUGUUGACAGAGUGGUGGAUAAGAAGGGGAUGUAUCAGAACUUUUUCGACAUGAGAGCACUCAUUAGCAGCCACUACCUCACCGGCCCUUGGCGAGGAAGCAUCGACAAGUCCGCCCCUCAUAUCUACCAGUUCCAGAACCAACAAGGGAGAGAGCAAUUUGUCAAGCUACCCGAUACCGCCAUCACCGAGCUGACUGAUCCAGGUGCUAUCAUAUUUCUACCACCGCCUGCAUCUCUCUGCACCAGACCCGCGACACUGAAGAAGAAAGGAGUCGCAUCAUCAUCGACACACCAGCAGACACCACAUGAUGAUAUAGAGGAGGAACCUGAAGAUGAGGAAAGUCUUUUCCCCACGGAUUUCACUCCGUAUAUGCUGCCACCAGCACCUCCCGCUACUGCAUCCGCUGCUGAGAUCAACGCUUGGUCGAUCAAGAGCCAUCAAACCAACAACUCCAUACUGCUGAAGAUGUGGAAGGAAUCUGCAACAUUAAGAAGGGAUGCGCAUCACAGCCAGCUGUUUCUGGAGAUAGCGAUGACGACUCAGGCGCUCACGACACCGCUGCUGGACCUGAGGCAGCGGAGGACUCUGAUGAUGAUGGAGCCUUGGAGAGGCGCUCCAAGAGGCGUACUGACCGCAACGCCUGAUCGGUAAUCUCUCUUGGAAUUAUUUUCACACCGAGACGGUGUGAAGUAAGUCUGGGGGAGGAUGCUACUUAUGUACCAUAUUGCUUUUAUUUCUUUUAUUUUCUUAGUUUAUCGGAUUUGAUUGUGUUUUUAAAAAA